AAGACGCAUGGUGUGCUCUGCUUCUCUAGAAAUACAGGCACUGAUACACAGACUUUUUCCUUCUCAUCAGCUUCAUUUCCUGAGGUAGAUUUCUGGUCCUGAAUCCUUUCAGAUGUGAAGAUGUAUCCAGCGUUGAACAAACUCCCAAAUAAAAGUGAUUCCAAACCACUUCCCAUUGUUGUUAUAGGGAAUGGUCCUUCAGGAAUUUGCCUUUCCUACCUGCUGUCUGGUUAUAUCCCUUACAUCAAAAGGGGCUCUGUUCAUCCUCAUCCUAUUCUACAGAGGAAACUAGAGGAAACACCAGAAGUCCCCAUUAUAGACCAGGAUCUGGAGUACCUGUCUGAAGGUUUGGAGGGACGAUCCCAGAGCCCCGUGGCUCUUCUUUUUGAUACUCUGCUGCGUCCAGAUACAGACUUUGGUGGAACUGCAGAAUCUGUCCUCACUUGGUGGCACGAGACCAACAGGGCUAUUCCCCAUCUGGUCCUUGGCAGAAACCCUCCUGGGGGUGCCUGGCAUUUUAUUGAGGGAUCUAUGAUCACUCUGAGCCAAGGGGAAUGGAUGGGGCUUCCAGACCUUCAGUUCAAAGACUGGAUGAGGAAAAAAAGAAGGGGCCUCAGGAAUAACAGAGCCACAGCAGAAGACAUUGCUCAAUAUUACCAACAUUAUGUGGCAAAGAAAGGGCUGCAGAAGAAUUUUAUCUCUGGGACUGUUGUGACAUCUGUGAGGAAAGUGAGCCCAGAUGUAAACUCCAGCUAUGCACAGCAGGAUCCUGAGGGGAACAGUGACUCUUUCUGGGAUUUCCCUGAGAAAGAAGAUGACCAGAUUGCUAGUGGAAAUCUCUUCCAGGUGGAUGGAUUCAUCAAAAACACUAAUGGUCAUCAGCAACCCUUCUCCAUCUAUGCAGAGAAUGUGGUUUUAGCCACAGGAACAUAUGACAGUCCAACCAAGCUUGGAGUUAAUGGAGAGGACCUUCCUUUUGUCCAUCACAAACUCUCUGCCCUUGAAGAAGCAGUGAAGAACAAGAGGGUUGGCAUGACAUCAGAUCCAGUCUUGAUUGUAGGUGCCGGGCUGACAGCUGCUGAUGCAAUUCUCUUUGCUCACCAUUGCAACAUCCCAGUGAUCCAUGCCUUUCGCAGAAGGGUCAACGAUCCAGGCCUCAUCUUCAAUCAGCUCCCCAAAAUGAUGUAUCCGGAGUACCACAAAGUCCACCAGAUGAUGAAAGAACAGUCAGUUGCUUGUCCUGGGCCAUAUGAAUGUUACAUCAGCCUUCCUGAACAUCAUGUCCUGUCCUUUACAGAGGACAUGAAGUGUGUCUUCCAGGAUAAGAGUGGUCACCAGAAAGUCUUUAACAUUUCUUUGGCUUUUGUUCUCAUUGGCUCAAACCCCAACCUCUCCUUCCUACCAAAUAAUGGCAUUGACUUGGCAAUUGACAAUGAGCAGCCAGUCAACUCCAAGAGGAACCCCAUCAACGUUGACCCAUUUACCUACGAAUGUGUUCAGGAGAAAGGGCUUUAUGCUGUGGGACCAUUAGCUGGGGACAACUUUGUGCGUUUCGUGCAGGGAGGGGCUCUGGCUGUUGCCAGCUCUUUGUUAAAGAAAGCAAACAAAAAUCCUCCUUAACAAACAAAUUGCCCUAAGCCAAAAGCGUUCAAACAGGUGAUUCCUCUUCUCUUUGAGAAGUAAGGCAUUUGACAUGUACACUUUCCCCUGCGGUGCUCUCCAGGACAGUGCAGAGUCACCAAACUCUCAGUGGGUUCAUUUGGGAAGGAUAAGUCAGCAAGUACAUGGUUUGGGAUUUAGAUCUCAAUGUUGCCAACAUAUCUACCUUGUUAAAAGGUUGAAUUUAAGUGCAACCAAGGGACGCAGCCCCAUCCCGGCAGAGCUUUGCACUAUGGGAAUGGGGAACUUGCAUCUUAGCUUGGAAUAGUUGGGGGCAAAGCAGCAAUCACUUCACUAUAUAAAUGUCUUGCAGCUGGUUGAAAAGAGUUCUCAACUUUUAACUAUUUUCCUGGUGGCCAUAUUGGCAAGCCCUGUGUUUUGUCUUUUUCGAAUGUUACUGGAUAAAUACUGGUAAUACCACACAACACAAAGUUGUUGCUGUUUCAUGUGCUUAUGUGGCACAGCUCGAUGUUGUUCUUGCUAUGCAAAAGUCCAUUGAAAGCUGUGCUGCAAGUGUUCUAUGCACCUAAACCAGAAUUCUGCAAUUAGAAAUUGUCACAAAAGCAUUGCCUAAAGGGCUGCUGUAACCGUCAGGGCCGGCUCCAGGCACCAGCUUAACAAGCAGGUGCUUGGGGCGGCCAAGGGAGAGGGGCAGCACCCUCU